UUUCAUUGACCUCCACCAAAACACUUCAAUGAAGAACAACCCGUGGUUCGAGUAACAACAAAUAUAUCUGUAGGGUUGUUAGCUAGUUGUUUUGCUUGUUAGCUAAGUAAACAUGCUUCUUCAGACUGUCAGACCAUGGUGGUCGCUGAUUCGUUGCCGAGGGCUGCCAGUACCAACCAUACGACAAUACCACGGUGACAGAGUGGCUGCGGUUGGCACACAGCCGGACACACAGUCGCAUGAGUACAUGGAAAACUAUGAACGGAUGAAAUCCCUUGUUGAUGAGUUAAAAGAGAGAUCCGAAAAAAUCAAACUAGGUGGAGGAGAGAGAGCCAGAAAUCUGCACAUUUCCAGAGGAAAGCUCCUCCCCAGAGAACGCAUAGAUAGACUCCUGGAUCCAGGGUCUCCAUUCCUGGAGUUCUCCCAGUUUGCAGCCUAUGAGCUCUAUGGGAAGGAGGAAGUUCCAGCUGGAGGCAUCAUCUCAGGGAUUGGCCGAGUCUCAGGUGUGGAGUGCGUCAUCGUGGCUAACGACGCUACAGUGAAGGGGGGUACGUAUUACCCAGUCACAGUCAAGAAGCACCUGAGAGCACAGGAGAUCGCCCACCAGAACCACCUACCAUGCAUCUACCUGGUGGACUCUGGAGGAGCCAAUCUCCCCAGACAGGCUGAAGUCUUCCCAGACAGAGAACACUUUGGACGGAUCUUCUUCAACCAGGCUCGCCUCUCCUCUGACGGAAUAGCCCAGAUAGCUGUGGUGAUGGGCUCCUGCACUGCUGGUGGGGCCUACGUUCCCGCCAUGGCUGAUGAGAGCAUCAUCGUUAGGAAACAGGGAACCAUCUUCUUAGGGGGACCCCCUCUGGUGAAGGCAGCGACAGGAGAGACUGUGUCGGCUGAGGAUCUGGGAGGGGCUGACCUUCACUGCAGGAAAUCAGGUGUCACAGACCACUAUGCCCUAGACGAUAGCCACGCCCUUCACCUGGCUCGCAAGGCUGUUCGCAACCUCAACUACACAAAAAACAUCCAGGUGACCAGUGAACCUCCAGAAGCUCCUCUCUACUCAGCAGAUGAGCUGUAUGGCAUUGUAGGAGCCAACCUCAAACGCAACUUUGAUGUCAGGGAGGUGAUAGCCAGGAUUGUAGACGGCAGUAAGUUUGAUGAGUUCAAAGCCUUCUAUGGAGAUACAGUGGUGACAGGGUUCUCGAGGAUAUUUGGUUACCCGGUUGGAAUUAUUGGCAACAAUGGAGUCCUCUUCUCAGAGUCUGCUAAGAAGGCUACUCACUUCAUAGAAUUAUGCUGUCAAAGGAACAUUCCACUUAUCUUCCUACAAAACAUCACAGGUUUCAUGGUGGGCAGGGAGUAUGAGGCUGGUGGCAUUGCUAAGGACGGGGCUAAGAUGGUGACUGCAGUGGCCUGUGCCAACGUACCCAAGAUAACUGUGAUUAUUGGCGGCUCAUACGGAGCAGGAAACUAUGGCAUGUGUGGCAGAGCCUAUAGUCCUCGGUUCCUGUACAUGUGGCCUAACUCCCGUAUUUCUGUUAUGGGAGGAGAGCAAGCUGCCACUGUCCUGGCGACUAUCACAAAAGACCAGUGGGCACGAGAGGGCAAGGAGUUCACAGCAGAGCAGGAGGUGGCCAUGAAGGAGCCCAUCAUAAAACGCUUUGAAGAGGAGGGGAGCCCAUACUUCUCUAGUGCCAGGCUGUGGGAUGACGGUAUCAUUGACCCGGCUGACACACGUCUGGUGCUGGGGAUGAGUCUCAGUGCUGCUCUCAACGCCCCAACACAGAAAACACGCUUUGGUGUUUUCAGAAUGUAAAGAUCCACCAGGGGCAGAAUGUCUGUCUGAAGCCAGUACUGUUUACCCCCAGGGCACUAGGGGGAGACUCUGUCUGAAGACAGUACUGUUUGCCAUCCACUGACUGUAAUCUGUAGAAAAGAAAAAAGGUAAUGCUUCCUGUCCCCUUUAUUGUACACUUGUUUUGACCAGAGUUCUUUGGGUGCACGUGCCUUAUCCUGUAAAUUACCACUGUCUACUCGCGCCAUUCAACAUGCGCCAUUCUACGUACUGCUAACUAGUUGGUUUUCAGGCUUGCCUUUUGCAGGUGUGGUUCUGUUUCACCCUCAGAAUACAUUAUUUACCCCAUCAAACCCUCCAGCCUGCUGGCCAAGAGACUUUCUUACUCAGUAGUGUUUUAUGAUAAUGGUAAGAACAGGUUUUGAAUAUUGGCUGUGAAUGAAAGAGGGUCAUCAAUAGACACAACCCUCUUAUUUUAGGGUUAGGAAAUUAUCAAUGAAUAACACUACUAAUAAUAUUAUUAAUACUUGUUUUGGAGAGCCUUUACUCAUGGAAACAAAUGAUUUCAUUCAUUUAGAAUAUUUUCACAUUCAGUUCAACACUUUCAUUUUAGAAGAUUAUUAUAAAUAGAAAUGGAACAGGAGAACAGUAAGCAUAUUGUACAAUAAUCUGGUCUAUUGCCUGGGUUGACCUUGAUUGAACUGUACAAUGAUACUGUCAAGAAUUAUGUCAGGGGACAGGCACUAUUCAAACUGUUUGGUUUGUGCUCUACUGUUUAAUAAUUUUAUUAACCCACAUGCUACAGCCCUGACAGUGUUUAGAGGAAGCAAAUUAAGGUAAUGAAAAAUGGAAUUGAAUGGAAUUUUAAAUUAUAGACUAUAUAUCAAAUAUUGUAGUCAAUUGGGAGUACUGGUAACUAGGCCUACAGGAACUGAACUAAGGUCCACCUCCACAUCCUCUGGUUGGAAGAAGCCCCCUACAGAGAAUGAUUCCUAGGCAGAAGUAGUGUCCUAUAUAAGAUGUAGUGUGUCAUUUUCUGUAGUGUAUUCCCCAAUCUCUGGCUGCAUUGUUAGUAGUCUCUGACGACUGGUGGAACAUUGACAUCUGGUUCUGUGUAAGUAGAUCACAUUGUUAGUGGUCUGGUGACUACUGGAACAUUGACAUCUGGUUCUGUGUAAGUAGAUCACAUUGUUAGUGGUCUGGUGACUACUGGAACAUUGACAUCUGGUUCUGUGUAAGUAGAUCACAUUGUUAGUGGUCUGGUGACUACUGGAACAUUGACAUCUGGUUCUGUGUAAGUAGAUCACAUUGUUAGUGGUCUGGUGACUACUGGAACAUUGACAUCUGGUUCUGUGUAAGUAGAUCACAUUGUUAGUGGUCUGGUGACUACUGGAACAUUGACAUCUGGUUCUGUGUAAGUAGAUCACAUUGUUAGUGGUCUGGUGACUACUGGAACAUUGACAUCUGGUUCUGUGUAAGUAGAUCACUGAUAUUUUUGUUUCUUUAGUAUGUUUAACUGUACCUUUAUUCUAGAAGGACCGUAUUCUGACUUGGCAUCCAUGGAUGUAACAACAAAAACAGAUAUCAAUAUACUGUUACUGAUAUUUUUUCCUAUUUGAUAAACACUUUGACCAUUGGGAUUGACACACUGGAAUAGUGACUUAAACCGCUCUCACACAUGUAACUCAGAAUUAAACCGCAAACAUAACUCUGACUUAAACCUCUCACAUGUGUAACUGACUUAAAACUCUCAAACACGUAACUCUGACUUAAGCCGCUAGCACAUGUAACUCAGACUUUGGUGUAAAUCACUAAUCAAUGUCAACAGAUGUCUGGAAGUCAGAAUAUGCCCACAAGUGUCCUGAUUACACUCAAAAACAAAAGUGUUGACUUAUAUUUGUAUUUUUUGUCUCUUUUGUAACUUUCUACAUUGUAUAUUUUCCAGUCUUCCCUGAUUUUUUUUUCUUUUACAUUCUUGUGCUGUCAUAUUAAAUCAAAUGACCACACACAGAA